AUGGAAAGGACACCCGGCGAUAAGGCCCAUGACGGGGAGUCCGCUGCAAACACCAAUUCCUGUAAUACUCCUGAAACUCCUUCCUCUGUACAAUCGCAGCCAACAGUCUUAGCAUCAACAUCAACAUCUCAGCCGGGCGCAGUCGAACAAAAUCACGCAAAGCGCAAGGCUCAAGACGUCUCUACUACAUCACAGAAGCGCUCCAAUAUGGGGCCUUCAGCGACUUUCAACAUUGGAAAGGACUCCGCUGAGGCCAGGAGCCAGCUCAUCGUUCGCUUCUAUGAUCCAAAUAUCAAAGCCAAAGAUGCGAAAAAUCGCACACUAGAGGAAAUCCUUUCAUGGCCAGAUGCUCAGCUUGAGUCCUCACACAACUACAUUCAGAUGCUAUUUCCAUUGCCAGAAGGCUCCAUGUUCAACUGGGAUGCACCUGUCAUUGAUCUCGCAGUCAUGCAAGCAUUCCGUUCGCGAAGUGAACUUCGCCAACAGCUGCGUCGGAGCUUUGAGCGCAUGCUCAAGUUCUACGGCUUCAGCCUAUCAACGACACUAGAGAAUGACUCUGAGAAAGACGCCAUUUUUGGAGCUACCCAGACUGACGUAAAUACGGACUCUCCCAUCAACGCAGAUGCAUCUGCUUCCGGGGUCAAGACAACCCCAAAAGAGUCCACUUUCCCUCCUGGAUCGCACAAAAACAUCACAGUCUCCAAUCCGCUGCCUUGCCAUAUUUUCCGCGCCCCUAACUGGCGCAAACAAUUUCAGAACUGGGCUGGCUUGUUUGAUCAUAAUCACCUCCGCCUCACGCGCAUCCUCCGCUGUCUUCGCGUGCUGGGUCUCCAGAAAGAAUGCCAAGCCUUUUUCAAAGCUUUGGAACAUGCAUUCCAUGACCCUGAGACAAGGAUCAGCGAGAAGUCGAUGGGUUUCUGGCGGUUGGCUGUUACGCGCCCGUUGCAGUGGGCGCCCGACGGUCAGAAGUGCAAGUGGCUGGAGGCCUGGCAGCAGGAGCAAGAGAGUGAAAAGUGA